AAUACAUACACCUCUCUCAUUACGACUCUCAUAAUUAACACGCAACCUUGCAUGCUAAUUUACCUCUUGGCAUUAAAAAUGGGGCAUUUCAAAGAAUUUUUGAGUUGCGUAAUAAUUGUGAUUCUAACUUUAUCCCAUCCUGGCCAUGGAAGGGCUAAUCCCAGCAAUAUUCUUCACCGUCAAGAAGCCAUGGAUAAUGGCAACUUUAUUGUCGAUUGGUUCAUAAAUUUCGAACAACAGACAGCCCACUUUCUCAUCGCUGUGAAAACAAGGAGCUAUAUUGGAUUUGGGAUCAGUUUGUAUGGGUCCAUGGACGGGAGCGACAUCGUCAUUGGAGGCGUGUUUGACAAUGGCACGACGUACUUCUCGGACAGAUAUGGAACACGGUUUACUGAACCGAUCGUUGACGAUGUUCAAAAUUGGGAGUUUGUCGAAGCGUUUGAGACAGAAACUCAUACAGUUAUGAGAGUGUCGCGUCCAUUGGAUACGGGCGAUUGGCAAGAUAAGCCCCUAAGGGACGAAGACAUGUAUUUCAUCUGGGCCUACGGCAGCGAGAAUGCUACAGACGAAAUAAUUUAUCAUGGCGAUAAUCAGGGCAGUCUUCUGGUGAAUCCCUUAUCAGUUGGGAGCCCAAAACCAAAUACGCAGAGAAGAACUGAAGUUUUGGAUGAUAAUGGGAAUUAUGUUGUUCAAUGGUUGAUAGAUUAUAGUACAAAAAAUGUCGUGUUUCAAGUUGAUGUCAAUACGACGGGUUGGUUUGGAUUUGGUCUAUCACCUGCCGGAGGGAUGACCUCGGCUGAUAUCGUCAUUGGAGGUGUUCAUGCGAAUGGGACGGUCUACUUUGAUGAUCGACACGCAACUGGUCAAUCUCUCCCUGUUCGUGACGACCACCAGGAUUGGGUUCCACUCUACGUUUCGGAGAAUGCGACGCAUACAACUUUCAUUUUUACGCGAGCUUUUGACACUUGUGAUGGUCAAGACGUUCCAUUGACUAAUGACACCUUGAAUUUCAUCUGGUCUUACGGAACCACUGACAAUAUUCAAUAUCAUGGCUCCACAAAUCGUGGAACAUUCCAAGUACUUCCAUUGGACCCUGAAGAGCCUCCAAUUGAAACUGAAAAGUAUUUCAAAUACGAGAUAACCCACACGAUGACCAUGCCCAGUGUGGAUACCACUUAUUGGUGCACAAUUCAAAAGAGUCCCAGAUUUACCCAGAAGCAUCACAUCGUCGCUUUCCGACCAAAAAUUGAAACCCCCGCGGCCCGAGCGCAUACUCAUCAUUACGCAAUAUUUCGCUGUACUCCACCCGCUAAUCAAUCCGCGGAAGAAUUCUUUGAGCCAUACGUAGGUCAGCCGGGAGGAGACUGCAAGGUUCCAAAUCCUGGCAUACCAGCGCCCUAUUGCCAAACCAUGUUUUAUACGUGGGCAGUGGGUGGGAAGGAGUUAAUAUUUCCAGACAAUAUCGGCUGCCCCAUCGGAGAAGACGGCAGUGAGGUCGACUAUUACAUGUUCGAGGUUCACUACAACAAUCCUCAGCAAUUGAUUGGAGUCCGAUUUGAGACUGGAGCAACAAUUUUUUACACGGACGAAUUAAGGGAACAUGACGCCGGGAUUUUAAUGGUGGCUCAUCAGACGUCGCUUGCGCUAAUGGUUCCACCCAAGUCUCCAGAAUAUAAGAGCGUUGGUCAUUGUGAUCCUUAUUGUACGAAUAAUUACUUGCCGGAAAGUGGGAUUAAUAUUUUUGCCUUGUUACAUCACGCUCAUCUCUCCGCUCGUAAAAUGAAGUUACGACAUUUCCGAAAUAAUCAAGAACUGCCCUGGAUUAAAAAUGAUGAAAAUUAUGAUUUCGAAUACCAACAAACUCGUCCAUUGACUGACUCGAUCGUCGUCCUUCCGGGGGAUCAUUUAACAACAGAGUGCAUUUACGACACGACAUGGCGAGAUGGGACAACGAUAGGCGGAUUAGCGACAAGAGAUGAGAUGUGUCAAAGCACGUUUUGGUACUACCCGAGGAGUCAGUUGAGAGAGUGUCGAAGCGAAUAUCAAAUGCCGCAAUUACUUGCAAAAUUUGGAAUUGAACAAAUAGCAAACAGGUCAUAUCCAUACGAAGAUGUCAACGUGAUCGCUCCUGCGCAAUUUGCGGGACUUCGUUACACAGAAGUGCUGGACAACAGAGUAGUCUGGACGCCUCAAUUGAGGGAAGAAGUUCAAACAGAUUCCAGUUUCGGGCUGCAUGACGGGGUCUGCUACAUUAUCGGAGGUUCUGACAAUGUACCCCUGCCCACGGGAUAUCCCACAUUUCCAGAAGAAUAUCAACCUAUAAAUGAGUGCCUAGAAAAAUAAUGAUAUGCUAAAGAAUAAUUGAAUGUAAUGUGCUGAAUUUAAUUCAAAAAUGUGAAUUAAAAUGUAAAAUUUGAAUCAAUUUUAAUAGCUAAUAUUGUUAAAAUUGCAAAUUACUCUAAUUUUUGGACUACCUGUAACAUUAGUUUUUCUUGACAAGAGAAGAUGUUAAUGACGAUAGAAUAAACAUAUGAAAAACUUAUUGCGAUUUCUAGGGCGUGAUAUAACAAAAGCAGUGUUCGACUUCUUUUGCACAUUUCUUGCACUAAGUCACUAGUGCUAGAAAAUUAUAGCUGCAAAGAAAAAAAAUUGCAAUAAUUUCCUGCAGAUGAAUUUUUUCACAACGAACCCUGAACAAAAGUGAAAAUUGACACAUCUCUUUAAGCACUUUCUUUUAGCCAAGUUUUUGUAGUUAAAAUAAUAAUUGGAUCGUUAUUACAAAUGUCUAUAUGAUAAUUUGUAAUAAAAAAUAAUACUCUUCCUCA